AUGAAUUUCAAAUUAUUGUAUGAAAUAAUAAUUAUGAUUUUAGUACACAUAAUAUUUUAUAAAGUAUCCAUUUAUUAUCUUAUGAAGUAUUUAGACAUUUUAAAUCAUUCAAAUAAAUUUAAUAAAAGUAUUUUUUUUAUAACUUUUUUAGUGUGUAUGUCUAUAUUUUCACUUUUUAUAUUUGAGUUAUCAAAUAUUGUUUCUAAUAUUAUAAUUAUAUAUAUUUGGCAUAUAGAUAUAUGUAUAUUAGUAUUGUUGUUAUAUUUAAUAAUACCAGUAGAAUUUAUCAACACGAUUUUCGAUUCAAAUAAUUAUAAAGAAAUUUUAUCACCAGAAUUUAACUCUCAUUCACAUAUUAAAUUACUAAAAACAUAUUAUACAAAAAUUAGUUUUGUAAAUGAGGAGCAAAAUGCAAUAAUCAAAAAAACGAAAAAACAUUUUUUUUUUAGGAGUAUCAUUUUUUUAUCUCUUCUUUGGUUAAGCUUAGGUGAACUGAAAAAUGUAAUAUAUAAGAAAAAUUACAAUUAUGUUAUUGCAGAUGAUAAUAGUGUAAAUAUUAGAAAAUAUUUAUUAUAUAAAAAUAAUGAUAAAAAAAAUCAAAACAAAAUUUUUAAUAGAAAUGUCUUUUUCUUAUUUGAAAAACAAUAUAAAUGUGUUAGUUAUUUCAGAGAGUUUAAUAGUAAAUAUAAAAAGAAAAAAGAAAAUGGAAUUCAUAUGUAUCUUAAUAAAAUUUAUAAUAUUAUAAAUAUUUUAUUUUUUAUGAUAAUUAAUUAUUUUAUGAUUUUUCACAAGCUUGUAAUAAGAGAGUUUUUAAUAAAUAUAUGUGCAUUAGGAGUAACAACAAAUUCAAUAGUUGCUGGAAUAACAUCUAUAUAUUUUAUAUAUGAUUAUAUUAUAACUUUUAUCUAUUUUUUACGUAUACCAAAAAUUCAAAUACAAAUAUACAAUAUUGAAGAAAGAAUUUUAAUUAAUUUAACAAAUUAUAUGUUUAAAAAAAAAGAAUUGGAAAGACUUCAAAGCAACCUAGAUAUUGACUCAAAAAAUUUUUUAUAUGAUACCAAAAAUUCUUAUAAUAAUAAUAAUAAUAAUAAUAAUAGUAUAAAAGAAGAAAAAAAAAUAAAUAAAGAAAUUAUAAAUUACAGUAAUAGUAAAAAGAAAUUUUCUUUAAAGAAAGUAUCACUUCUUUUAAAUAUUACAAAUAAAUUAAAAGAUAUAUGCCAAUUAAAAAAUAAUAAUUUUUUAAAUGAUAGAAAUAAUAAAAAUUAUGAUACUAAUCUAUACCAAGAAAAAAAUAAAAAUUUUAGUCUAUGUAAAAACAGUAGCCGUGUAAAUUUUAAUUUUUUAGAUGAGUGUAAAAAAAAAAAAAAAAAUAGUAAUUUCAGUGAUCAUGAGUCAACCGCAAUUAAUUAUUUUUACAAAAAUAUAAAUAAAAAGAAUGUUACCAAGUUAAAAAGAUCUAGUAGUUGUCCUUUUUUAAUAACAGAAAAUAAUACUGAAAAUUUAGAUCAAAGCAAUAUUGAUAACCAUGAAAUUUUAUUAACAAAAUUUAAUUCUUUAAAUAUUGCAUCAAGCUAUAAAUAUAGUCUAUUAAUAACAGAAAAAAUGAAUAAAAUAAAGAAAAAAAAAAGAAAAGACAUAAAAAAUACAAAUGAUUCAAUACCUAAAAAUUUAUUUUUAAAAAAUAUAAAUAUUCCAUUAAAUAAAUUAGAUAGAAUAAAAUUUGAUGAAUAUAAUGAAAUUGGGUCUAAUAAAUAUGUAGAUGAAAUAUAUAUAAAUAAAAAAAAUAUUGUUAUGGAAGAUAAAGAAAAAACAAAAAAAGGAAAAUAUAAUAAAUGUAUAGAUGAAGAUGAUAUUUUAUACAAAACAAAUGAUCAAAUAAGAAAAAUAGAGAAUAUAGAAAAUUACAAUAAACUAAAAAAAGAAAUGGAAAAUAUUAUCUAUACAAAUACAAGUAUGUAUUAUUCGUUAAAUGCUAUUUUAAGUAGAAAAUUUGAAAUUCAAAAAAAUAAAAAUUGCCUCUUAGGUAGAAUUAAUGUAUGUUUAAAUUCAUUUAUGUUUUUAACUGUUAUUUAUAAAGUAAUUAUGUCAACCAUGAAUGUUAUAUUUAUAAGAAUCUACAUAAGAGAUCCAUUUUCAAAAAUUAUAGAAAAGAUAUGCUUAUUUUUUAAUGUAAAAUAUAAUCUUGCAAUAAUAUAUGCACCAUAUAUUUCAUUAAUAUAUAUUUCAUAUAUUGUAGCGAUAAAUAUGAAAAAGUUUCUACAACAAAUCAUUCAAAUAUCUACUUACUUUUCAUCUUACUUUAAAUUAUUUUCUAAUAUGUGGAUAUUACUGAUUUCUGAGUUAAUGGGAUUAUAUUUCGUUACAAAUUCUUUGCUUUUAACUUCCUAUUUGCCAGUUAAUUAUAAUCAUAUUAUGAAUUUUGUUAUUGGAAGCAAUUAUGAUUAUAAAAUAUUUCAUUUACAUUCUGAUUAUGUUUUUAUUAUGUCUUUUUCUUCUACAUUAUUGUUUUGUGUUUUAUACAUUAUUUAUUUCUAUUUUUUUUAA